UUUGUAUGGCAGAUUCCCACCUCCCCAUGUUACAACUUCCCCUUUAACUAUCCCCACCAUCCUCACAUUUUAUAAAACCCCACAUCGCUCCCUUCACUCUCCUUCAAUCUCACAUCACAUCCUUCCUUUUCUUCCCUUCUUCCUUUGCCAUUGUUUCAUUGCAUCUCCUAAUUCAUUAAGACCUCUUCCUUUUCAACACUCCCCUCAUAAACUACACAAGCACACAACAAAAUGUGCAGCUCCAAGACCAAAGUGACUGUAGGCAUAGAAGCCACAGCCACAUACCCUUUGGCCAGAAUCAAUGGUAGGCCAGUUCUUCAACCUACUUGUAACAGAGUUCCUAAUCUUGUGAGGAGAAAUUCAAUCAAGAAAGUGUCACCAAAAUCACCUUCUCCACCUUCACCACCACUUCCAACCAAGACCUCACUCACACCUCCUGUUUCUCCAAAGUCUAAGUCCCCUAGGCCUCCAGCUAUAAAGAGAGGCAGUGAUAGUAAUGGACUGAACUCAAGUUCUGAGAAGAUUGUUACCCCAAGACACACCAUCAAAACUCCAACUCUUGAGAGGAAAAAGUCUAAGAGUUUUAAGGAAGGAUCCUGUGCCACUUCAGCUUCUUCUGCCUCCAUAGAGGCAUCGUUGAGCUACUCUUCCACUCUGAUCACUGAAUCCCCAGGAAGCAUAGCUGCAGUGAGGAGGGAACAGAUGGCACUGCAGCAUGCACAGAGAAAAAUGAAGAUUGCCCAUUAUGGAAGAUCAAAGUCUGCAAAGUUUGAAAGAGUUGUUCCUCUUGAUCCUUCAACCAAUCUUACUUCAAAGACAACUGAGGAGGAGAAGAGAUGCAGCUUUAUCACAGCUAAUUCAGAUCCCAUCUAUAUUGCUUAUCAUGAUGAAGAAUGGGGAGUUCCGGUUCAUGAUGACAAGAUGUUGUUUGAACUUCUAGUUUUAAGUGGUGCUCAGGUUGGAUCAGAUUGGACCUCAAUCUUGAAGAAACGCCAAGAUUUCAGGACUGCAUUUUCAGAAUUUGAUGCAGCAACCUUGGCCAACAUGACUGAUAAGCAAAUGGUAUCUAUUAGUUUGGAAUAUGGCAUUGAUAUCAGCAGAGUUCGAGGUGUUGUUGACAAUGCUAACAGAAUUUUAGAGAUUAACAAGGAGUUUGGUUCAUUUGACAAGUACAUUUGGGGUUUUGUGAAUCACAAGCCCAUCUCCACACAAUACAAGUUUGGCCACAAGAUUCCAGUGAAGACAUCAAAAUCAGAGAGCAUAAGCAAAGACAUGAUCAGGAGAGGCUUUAGGUUUGUAGGUCCAACAGUGCUUCACUCAUUUAUGCAAGUAGCUGGACUCACCAAUGAUCACUUAAUCACUUGCCAUAGACACUUGCAAUGCACCACAGAGUCCUCCCUAUAGUCCCAACUUCAACUCAGAAAAAUGAAUUGACCCAGAAGAGAUCAAGACCAAGAUUAUGUGUGCUGAAGAGCAUAUAUGUGUAAUGUGCAUGCUAACUAUAGUUGUAAUGUUACUUUGUGUAUAAUAUUAGAGUAGAUUAGAUAGGGAGAAAGAGAGAGUUAAAAAGGGUUUUCUUAUUUCAUGAGGUGUGUGGAGUUGAAUGAAAGUUUGGGUGUGAUUAAUUAAUUUCCAAUUGAUUAUUUAAGUGAAAGAUUAGGAGAAGAAGAAGGUUUAGGAUGGUGUUAUUAAGGAGUGAGACUUAGGGGACAGUGACCAUGUGCAUGUGCAAUUGUGAGGCAAGGCAAGGGCAUGUGUGGUGUCAGUUUACUUUUUGGUUUUAGUCCAUGUGAGCAAUCAGGCUUUGCAUUAUUUAUUAUUCCCUUUAACAGCCUGUGUGGGAUACUUGCAUAGGGGAGUGUAGGACCACAUUCCUCUUCUUUUUCCUCUUUGUAUGGGGCUGUUAUCUUUGCUGUAUUCUCCAACUUUUUGGCUUUGGUGAAUGUCAUCCCACAAUGUGUUUUGGAGUUGGUGAGGAGUUUAGAUUGUCAGUUCAGCUUUUGGUAUUGUUUAUAUGUAUCUUCAAAAUAUAUUCAUCAUGAUGAUUUGAUUUUUAUUUUAAAAUUAAAUAUAUUUUUAUUCUUUAAA